CUUGCGUGUGCUGCACGUCGGAAUGCAUGCUGCUCACAUGCGACUUGUAGAUCCGCAAGCGUGCGCAUUCCCACUCCUCAAUCUUAUCUAAACCUUUUAUGCCAUCAGACUCCAUCUCGCCCACCCCUUCCCUCUAUCCCUUAUCCUCGCCGUCCACUCCGCCCCCAACCGACCCCAUCUCCCAUCACAUCCAUCUACUAACACACUCUACUCACCUCGCAUCACCUACCACGUGCACCUCUCUCACCAUACAGCCUCCCACCCCGCCAGAAUGCAACUCCUCCGCACAAGCGGGCACUUGCAUCCCCCAACGCACGCCGGCGUCGUGCAUUGUGUGCUCAACCCUCCGCACGCAGGACAACAGAUGCACAAGCCGAUACAGCGAAGAAGACUUACACACUGCACCAGCCCUGCACACGCGGCGGGGCGAGACAAGCGUCCACGGCAGGGUGGGGUGAAGUAGUUUGUAUACCCAGCCAGGCCGCCACCAAUUCCCCCGCCGUUGUUGAUGGAGCUGGAAGCGCAAGGUUGGGGUUGCGUGGGUCUGUAUAUCAGGGUCCGACCGAGACGGGGCGAGAUACCUUUGUACG